AUGUCAGUUUGGAUAUAGAUGUUAGUUGUAAACAAAUUUGCGGCUGCUGGACCGGUAGGAAUUAUUUAAACAUAAUGAUUGGCGAGGAAAAACAUGUUUUUAGAAAAACUGUGCAACAUUUGGCGAGAUCCCUUGCCGCCAUCAAAAAUACUCCAUGGGAGAAAGUGAACACACUGUUUGCGUUGUGCCCACAAGAAAAUGCACAAGGGAUAUUUCGUCUUGAUCAGAGGGGACAAGAUGCGGUCAUUGCUUUGGGUCUUUAUUUUUUGGAAUCAAAUUUCCAGCACAAGGAUAGGAUUCUGCCGUAUUUUGUAAGGUUGCUGAAGGGUCUCGCGAAAGCAGUCUGGCUAGAUGAAGUGCGCACUACAUCUACGGAAAAAGUACCAGUAGCAGAAAGAUUUAGUUUCUGCUUAAACACACUCCUGUCAGACGUUGCAGCGAAAUAUGAAGCCGUACGAGAUGAGAUCAUAGCGACUCAAGUUGACUUUCUUGGAGUGCUUACGAACUUGUGCAGGAGCUACAAAGAACAGACUCCGCCACGGGGAUCGACGGCAAAACUGACAUUAUGCAAGUCAACAGUACCAAUCUUGAUUGGACUGGCACGUUCAAUGGGACGUUUUUGUGCGCCUGGUGAUACCCCGUUAUUGUGCCGAAUUUUUCCAAGGCCGGAACCACCUGUGCCAACAUCAUAUCGCAAUGAGGGAUCAGCUUACCAGCUCAACAAGAACAGAAGUUUCUCAAAUUUUUGGUCUAUUAUUCCAAGAUCAUUAUCAGGCAAUCUUCCUUCAAUUGAUUUACCAUCUAGUAGCAGUGUUGAUUCAACAUCUGAUGUUCUAUGUGUUAGCACUUUGAAACGUCAUUCAAUUCAGAGUUGCCAUUCAGUGCCAUAUGAUGCAACCACAUAUUUCUUUAAUAAAUAUGGUUCCAGUUUCAAUCAGUUUCCACAAAUGAGGUUUGUUGAGUCACCAGAAAAAGGAAAUCUCCUCCAGUUUUCCAUCGUGCAUUUGCAGACUAUCCUGGCACUUGCUAAGAAACUGCUGACAAAAGAAAUGCUGGUAUUCUUGGAUGAACAAGCUCUUGAAGUUUAUUGUUCUGGCCAUAUCAAGAUAUUCCCAUACAAAUCUUUCAGUGAGACUAUAAACCUCGUCAUUGUUACAUUGUUGCGUGAGCUGCUACAGUACCAGAAAGAUUUGCCAAGUCCUUUCACACGUGAUGUCCAGGAAUUUGUGAAAGGAUUAUUUCUCUCAGGCCAGACAGAAUUGCAAUCGCGUCACCACGAUGCCAGUGAACAAGAGGACAAAGAAAGCAAAUUCGCAACAGUUAACAAAUUUGAAGUGAACGUAAUGGCAAAUGCUGCAUGUGUUGACUUGCUUGUGUGGGCUAUUGGUGAUGAAACAGAACGAUGCUGCUGUGAUGUGUCCUUGGUGACAUCACUGUCGGCCUUCGUCAAUCAAAAGAGUUCAGGUGCGGACAGUUUAUGUGGAAGAUUGACAGAAAAGAUAAACAGCAAUCAAGGGCAUAGACUUAUACUUGCACAUAUGCCUCUUCUUAUGGUGUGCUUGGAGGGACUUGGUAAACUAGCACAAAAGUUUCCAAAUAUUGCAAGCACAUCUAUAUAUUGCCUGCGUGACUUUUUAGUCACUCCAAGUCCAAUUCUCUUCAAAUUACAUAGACAUUAUGCUGACAGUAAGGACACCAAACCAAAGAUAACAGUUCAGGGCAAAGAACAAAAAGAUCCUGACUUGAUGUCCACAUCACAGACCGCAUUUGAGAAACUACGUGAUGCAGCAAUAGAAAACCUAUGCAUCGCAUUACAAGCGGCAUACACACUGGAUCCAUACUGUGUCCGUGCUCUUGUUGCAUCAGUAUCAAACAGGCUCUUCACUGCAGAGAAGUCUGACAGUGAAUCAUCUCUUAUAUCAACAAAUAUAGUUAUAAUGUUAGGUCAUGUUGCUGUUGCACUUAAGGAUACCCCAAAGACAACAGAAACAAUCCUGCAGUUCUUCCAGCAACGAUUCUGUCGUGUUCCAUCAACUCUCGACAACCUCAUUGUAGACCAACUUGGAUGCAUGAUUAUCUCUAAAUGCGAGUCUCAAGUAUCUGAAGAAAUCAUGAAAAUGUUUACAACAAUAACUGUGGAAGCAAGCAAUGCUGCAUACAGUUCCUCAACUGAUGACAGGAAAUGUCAGUAUAGACAUGUUUCAGCAGCUGUUGUGAAUGCCUUAGCCAAUAUAGCAGCAAACAUGCAGGGGGAAUCAGCAAUGAAUGACCUUUUGGGGAGACUUCUGGAGCUGUUUGUGCAGCUUGGACUUGAGGGGAAGAGAGCCUCAGAGAAAGCUCCUGCCGCACAGAAGGCUUCAAGUAGUGCUGGCAAUCUUGGUGUACUUAUUCCAGUUAUUGCAAUGCUCAUGCGCCGCUUGCCUCCAAUACGUCAUCCAAAACCUAGACUACACAAACUGUUCAGAGAUUUUUGGUUAUAUUGCGUAGUAAUGGGAUUUACAGCAUCUGAUUCAAGGUUGUGGCCGUCUGAUUGGUAUGAUGGUGUUAAAGUAAUUGCUGUAAAGUCACCAUAUCUUGUCUCUCAGACUUCAUCACGUUCUGAAAUGCGAGAAUUACAAUAUACAGCUGCUGUUCGCAAUGAUAGUGUAUCACUUAAUGAACUUCAGGAUCUCAAGAACCAGAUACUGAUCCUCCUAGAACAUCCACCAGACAUUGCAGCUUAUGUAAAAGCACUGUCAUUUGCUCAAACUACAUAUCUAUUGUCUGUAUACUGGCUUGAAAUAAUGAGAGUUGAGAAUUCAAAUGAACCUAGUUUGCAACCAAUCCUGGAGUACCUGAGCGAUUCAGCAUUACAAAAAGACAAAUCAGGAAUGUGGUCUUGUGUAUGCAGCGUUGGUGACCGGGUAUUUGCUAAAUUUGUGGAUGUGAUGUCAAAUAAACCAAAGGAUGAAGCUCGUGAAAGAGAAUUAGAGAACCACGCCCAAUAUCUUCUUGUAAAUUUCAAUCAUAUUCACAAACAGAUAAGAAGAGUUUCUGACAAAUAUCUUUCUGGCCUUGUUGACAGAUUCCCACACUUACUAUGGAAUUGCCGCGUGCUGUGGUCAAUGCUAGAUAUUUUGCAAGUUUUAUCUUUUUCACUUGAACUUGAUCCUAAUAAAGAGACUCCAACAGUUCACAUACCAGGAAUGCCAUAUACGUUACUACUUAUGGAUACUUUAGAGGCAAGGGAGAGCAUAGUAAAAGAUUUUGCAGCACGGUGUCAAGGCAUUGUGCAAGAAGCAAUGAAAUGGGCACCUCAGGCUACUCGCUCUCAUCUGCAGGGGUACCUUAACCAGAUUCAGAAUAUGGGUCAGUGGCACCAUGCCGGUUUAGCACUUGCGACUGAGUGUGUCCUGCAGUACUCUGGAAUCACCCCACCAAUUGGUCCGAUCAGUGUAGGUAUUGUUGAUAAGCGGCCAGGUUGUGUUAACAGUGACUCACCAAGGUUUAUGUCAUCAUUGUUGCUGCGCAGUCGUUCUGCUGGAGAAGUUGAAGGAAUGUUGCAGGGUGGAGAAACGCGUGAAACUUUAGCCGAUCAGCUGAUUGAAGCUGUUUGGAAUACAUGUAAAGCAAAAGACAGUGAAGCUCAUCAUAGUGCUCUUUGGAGAGCAACAGCACUUCUUAUUUCUACUCCAGGUGUGUAUCGAAAAUUGUUGCAUGUUGUGGCGUGGUCACAGGUGGAGUUGUUUACAGAAAAAGCAAUGAUGACAGCUGUUGAUUGCUGGCAGUGGUUAAUGACUGCAAGACCAGAUUUAGAACUUCGAUUUCUGCAGGAAAUGUUGGCAGCAUGGCAGUGUUCUGUUGACAAGAAAUUGGGGCUGUUCUCAGAGGAUAUGGAUGAAGUAAGCCCCCUAGCAGCAUAUGAAGGUUGUAAACUUGAGCCUUGUCCACCUUUUGUGAGGCCACAUGAUGUUUGGGUACAGUUCCUGUCAGAGGUGGUGGAAACAGCUAAAUAUUGCAACCAGGAAGUUGUGGAAAUGCUGGCUAUGCUGCUACAUCGGUCGUUACCAACAACAGUUGGUGUGGGUCGUCAGACACGACAUGUUGUUUCAGCAGGAGCUAGAUUCCGGCUUCUGGCAUGUGGGCUGUCAUUGCUACAAGGAGAUGUAUUGCCACGAUCCUUGGCUCGCAAUGUUUUGCGUGAACGUGUCUAUGCUUCUUGCCUGGACUACUUCUGCAGUCCUCCUCCACACUGCCCAACACAGAAUGAGAACGAACUCCGAGAGGACAUUCUGGUGCUUGUACGCUUCUGGCAAGCUAUGCAUUCUGACAAAAAAUAUCUCAAAACAUCUGUAAUAGGUGAUUUUGAUCUCUUUGCCCCAUCAUCUACCUUUCAUUCCAUGAGUAGUGAUAUGAGGUCAACAUCUGGAGACUUCACACGCCAAGCUACUGGCUGGAUCAACACAGUGCCUCUGUCCUCUAGCACCAACACAUUAUCAAAGAGAUCUGCACGUAGUAAGAGAGUACCCAAUGCUGAUGUCUUUGUGAAAAACUAUAUUAAAAAGAGAAAUCUGAUACUUGAGCUACUGGCUGUAGAAAUAGAAUUCUUAUUGAUAUGGUACAAUCCAAUGGGCCGCCAAGAGAGACAAGUGCAAGGAGAAGACACAAUAGCUGCCUGGCGCUCAAAGACAAUGACAGAACGUACAUGGAGGGACAAUGCUCGGUUAGCAUGGGAUAUAAGCCCCAUACUGGCAGUCUUUCUUCCUCUCAGGUUGAAAAACACAGAGAGCAUAAUUCGUGAGGUGUCCAAUCAAGUACGUGGGAAUCCUACAGUUGUCUCUCACAUCCCACAUGCUCUCAACUAUCUUGUUACAACAGAUGCAUUGCUUAAUGAUGCCAGUGAGAUUGUCCACUGCCUGACCUGGGCUCCUGUAACCCCAAUCCAUGCUUUGUCGUUCUUCUCACGGCAGUUUCCACCACAUCCCAUCACGGCCCAGUAUGCAGUCAGAGUGCUUAGUAGUUAUCCUGCAGAUGCAGUUCUCUUCUACAUUCCACAGUUGGUGCAGGCAGUGAGACAUGAUACGAUGGGGUAUGUGAUAGAGUUUAUCAAAUACAUUUCCAAAAAAUCACAAGUUGUUGCACAUCAGUUGAUCUGGAACAUGCAAACUAAUAUGUAUGUUGAUGAAGAAAUGCAGCAGAAAGAUCCGACACUGUAUGAUAUCCUCGAUUCUUUAACAAAAAGUAUUGUGUCCUCACUGUCUGGGCCUGCUAAACAGUUUUAUGAACGAGAAUUUGACUUUUUUGCAAAAAUAACAAACAUCUCAGGAGAAAUCAGACCAUUUCCUAAAGGCCCAGAACGUAAACGGGCUUGUCUGGAGGCACUUAGCAAGAUAAAAGUGCAAGCAGGUUGUUACUUACCGUCAAACCCUGAGGCAAUGGUGUUGGAUAUAGAUUACAAAAGUGGUACACCAAUGCAGAGUGCUGCGAAAGCUCCAUAUCUUGCACGUUUCCGUGUAAAACAGAUGGGCAUUAAUGAGCUCGAGACUGCGGCAAUGGAAGUCUCACAGCAACAGCUACAGUCACCACCAUUACAAAGAGACUCAUCUAAUAUUAUUUCUGGUUUAGGAAUUGAGAAGUGGCAAGCAGCAAUUUUCAAGGUUGGAGAUGAUGUACGUCAAGACAUGCUAGCCCUGCAGGUUAUUGGAAUAUUCAAAAAUAUUUUCCAGCAGGUUGGACUGGAUCUGUACCUCUUCCCAUAUCGAGUUGUUGCCACAGCACCUGGAUGUGGUGUUAUUGAGUGUGUGCCCAACGCCAAAUCAAGAGAUCAGCUUGGGCGGCAGACUGAUUUUGGAAUGUAUGAAUAUUUCAUUAAGACCUAUGGUGAUGAAAAAACAAAGGAAUUUCAGAAAGCAAGGCGUAACUUCAUCAAGUCAAUGGCUGCCUACAGCGUUAUAGGCUACUUGCUGCAAAUAAAAGACAGACACAAUGGGAAUAUCAUGUUGGACACCGAAGGCCAUAUAAUCCACAUCGAUUUUGGCUUCAUGUUUGAGAGCUCACCUGGUGGAAAUCUAGGCUUUGAACCAGAUAUAAAGCUGACAGAUGAAAUGGUGAUGGUCAUGGGAGGCAAAAUGGAAGCUGCACCAUUCCGGUGGUUUAUGGAACUUUGUGUGCAGGCAUAUUUGGCUGUCAGGCCAUACCAUGAAGCAAUUAUAUCUUUGGUGUCACUGAUGCUAGAUACAGGGUUACCUUGCUUCCGAGGACAGACGAUUAAACUCCUUCGAGCACGUUUCAACCCUGGUGUGACGGACAAGGAAGCAGCAGCAGCAAUGUUAGGGAUUAUACGAAAUUCUUUCCUCAAUUUCCGUACCAGGACAUACGACAUGAUACAGUAUUACCAAAACCAGAUACCAUACUAAAGAAUGCCACUGUAAUUGUUGGUAUACAUCAUCUUCAUGCUCUGUAAAUUGUGUAGUUUAUUGUUAAUGUAAUUCUCUUUUGUUCGACUGUGCAAUAUAGUCUUUGUAAAUAUAUUAUGCGGUUUGACAGCAUAAAACAUUGUUACGUCUAUCGGUUGCACUUGCAGGUCAGAGUCAAUCAUGACAAUUUGUAAAGUAUUUGUAAAUAUGAAAAAGAUGCAAUGCAAUAAUUGUACUUAAUUAUUUUAUGUAAAUAAUUUCAAUAUGUAUUGUUCACAAUGCAGAAAACUGAGUGGUGGACAAUGUCAUAAAUGCAUAAGUUUCAUUCAAUUCACCAUGACUUUUUCAUUUUUUGCGUGAUGUGUCAUACUUUGUACUGUUUGUCAUUGUCCUGUUACAAUCAGGCAGAAACUGCUGAUAUUUGUUUACAUAUACUAGUUAGACUGUUGUUUUUAUAUUAAGAAAUAAGUGUCAUCAUAGUCGUGAAUUAAUUUUCUGUCCUGUAAUAAAUAAAUCAAAAAAUUAUAUUAAACAAACAAGAGUUCUCGAAUGGCAUCAAAAACAAUGCACACCCUCUUUCCAUUUUAUGACAAAUGUUUGUUUCUAAAUAUCACUUCUGUUUCAUCUGAUAAUAUCUCUCAUUUUGAAAUAAUUGUUAUUCUUGUUACUGUGGAACUGAUGUGCACAUCCUGCCAUUAUUUAAUCAGUCAUUACUAUAAAAUAUGCAGGCUGAAACUUGUUAUGAAUGAGGAUGGUAGUGAAGACACUCAUAAAAAGAGAAAAAGCAUUGUAAUUUACAUGUCAUUAUAUAGUCUGUGUUUUUUAAUGUUGGAACAAGGAAUAUUAAGAGUAAUGUUAAACCAAUGGUAAUUAUCUAGUGGUGUUGUUAAAUUAUUUAGUAAGCUCUGAAAGUCAUCUGAAAUGAAAAAGAGUGUAUUAACAUCAACUAUUAAAACUGUUUAUUGUAAUGUUUUAUCAAAAUUGUCAGUUUUACAUUCCACUGUUCUGUAUUAUAUUUCAUUCCAGUACAACAAUACAAAUUAUUUUCAAUGAAA